AUGAAUUUCGACCAGGUCCUCUCUGCCAUUGGAGGCUUUGGCAAAUACCAGAAAAUUUUGUACGUAUGGAUAUGUUUACCCCAGGUCCUCCUCGCCUUCCACAUGCUGGUGAGCAUCUUUACCGGAGCCACGCCGCCUUAUCAGUGCCGCCAGGGCUCAAUAGCAGGGAAUCAGUCACUUUAUUCAUUCACCCUGAACUUCAGCCUCUCCAACUCCUCCUGCUUCCCCUCGGAUGUCCUGCUGCAGGGCAACGGCACUGAGCGCGUCCCGUGUGGUCACGGAUGGGUCUACAGCAAGGAGACUUUUGAGAGCACCAUUGUCACCGAGUGGGACCUGGUGUGCAGCAGAGCUGUAUUGAACAGCAUUGGCUCAUCUGUCUACAUGUUUGGCCUGCUGGUGGGAUCGGUGGUGUUUGGAGCCAUGGCUGACAGGUAUGGCCGGCGCCUCGUCCUGCUGCUGUCCCUCGCUCUCCAGACUGUGUUCGGCAUCGCUGUAGCUUUUGCACCCAACUUCCCAGUCUAUGUGAUUCUUCGUUUCAUAGUUGGCGCCACAAUAUCUGGUGUUAUCAUCAAUGCUUUUGUACUUGGUACUGAGUGGACAUGCACCAAGAGACGAAUGCUGGCUGGUAUCAUCACAGACUUUGCCUAUGGCCUGGGUUAUAUGCUGCUAGCAGGAGUAGCAUAUCUUAUAAGAGACUGGAGAAAAUUGCAAGUAGCUAUAUCAGCCCCGGGCUUCCUGCUUAGCUUCUAUAUAUGGGUGCUUCCCCAUUCAGCCAGAUGGUUGUUGGCCAACGACAGGAGAGAGGAGGCCAUUGCGCUCCUCCGCAAGGCUGCACUCGUUAAUGGUCGGGUCUUACCUCCCACCAUAGAGGUUGAGAAGUGUGAGGUUGAAGGUGAAGGGAAGAGGAGUCAUUCGGCUGCUGAUCUCGUACGCACGCCUCAGAUGAGGAAAAGAUCACUGAUCCUGUUUUAUGUUUGGUUUGUGAAUGUGCUGGUCUAUUAUGGCCUCUCACUGGGUGUGUCCAGGUUGGGGACAGACCUCUACCUGACCCAGUUUGUGUUCGGGUUGGUUGAGAUCCCAGCUCGUUCUCUGGUCCUCUUCGUGCUGCCCCUUAGCCGCCGACUCUCCCAAAGUGGCUUCCUGGCGGUUGGAGGCCUCGCCUGUCUCCUCAUGCUUGCGGUCCCUGCAGAUCAUCCCAAUGUCCUGAGUGGUCUCGCCCUGGUAGGGAAGUUUGGUAUAGCAGCGUCCUUUGCUGUGAUCUAUGUCUACAGUGCUGAGAUAUUCCCCACAGUGCUGCGGCAAACAGGAAUAGGUGUAUCCAGCAUGUUUGCAAGGAUGGGCGGUGUGCUGGCACCCAUAAUCAACAUGCUGCAUAACCACAGCCCGGCCACACCCCUCGCCAUUUUUGGUAUCUCUCCACUACUGGGAGCUGUCCUAGCCCUGGCCCUUCCUGAAACUGCAGACAGACCUCUUCCAGACACAGUGGAGGAUGCAGAGAACUGGGACAACAGGUUACCUCCAACCAAGGAAAAUUCAGAGAUGUGUGAAGAUGUUAGCCAAUCAGGAGGCAGCAUAGAGAAGCAGGAGUUACGUAAUUUAGCGAGGCACACCUAAUGCACCUUUUUUACAGCCUCAGCUGUACACCAGAUAUACUACUUCUCACAAAUUCCUCUAUGCGGUUACAUGUUGAGAGUCUGAUUCUGAACAGAACACAUUUCAAAUGGCAAAAAAAAAAAAAAAAAGCAGCACACCGAGGCCAAAAAUCAGCCAAAUAGUCAGGAAAACCUGUGUUUUACAGUCUUGUGCAUCCCUCAAAAGUUUCCAUCUUUUACUCCAGGUUUGAAUGUGGGUAGGAAGAAUAAGUAGUUUCCAUUAGGACUUUGCAUAUUUGUAUAUUUUCAUAAAUACAUAAGAGCAGUCAUACAUCACUGCCCUACCACCAGAACACCUCUUUUUGGGUGCAAACAAUCCCUAUGUGCUGGCUCCCAAUUUGAAAAGUUGGUGACACUAUGCCUAAAAGUUGCUGAAUUCUGUUCUGUAACAUUAAUUAUGUGUGUGAUUUAAAUGUCAAAUUCAAAAAGUAAAAAGUCAAAGUAGUGAAUUCUGCUGGUUUAACAGACCAACAUCUUGAAAAGCCAGAGAAAUUCUAAUUCAUUCUUAGGCUGUAACUAAGCUAACUAACAUGAUGAGCUGGUGAGAACAGUUACCAAGUAAAGCGACUUCCUCUCCCUGCUUCUAUGACACUCAUUAAUUCAUUGAAAAAGUAGGUUUUCACAGGACUGACUAGAGUCCUGUGAAACCCUGCGCACUCUAUGAUUCAACAACUUGUAGAACCACCUGUGAUGACUUGUGUAGCUGCCUAAUUGUUUCCUGUAUGACUUUAUCAGUUUUUACCAGGGCCAAAAUUGCUCAUUGUGGAGCAAUGUUGGCCCACUCUUCUU